AUGGAAUGGGACGGUCAACAUUAUUCAUGUGCUAGUGUUACCGAACAUUCACGCGCCGCCGCGUACGACAGCGUGCGCCCGCUGGCCUACCCCGACGCGCGGGUCUUCCUGCUCUGCUUCCGGAUCGGAGACCCGGACUCCCUGGAGAACGCCGUGCGCAAGGUAACAUUCUCGGGCCCUUCAGGGGCGGUUUCAUUGUUGCAUAAUACAUUCUCACAGGACGCCAAGUGA